CGGGAUGGACAAAAGCCUCGUAUAACUACAAGGAAACCAUCCGAUGUGUGGCGUGAUGCUUAUGGUGCGGCAUUAAGGUUUCGUGGCAGUCAACCAGCUGCUGACAUAACAACUAGCUUUUCAUUAAUUCGGGAGAUGGAGCAGGACACAGGAGCAGUGUGGCAGAAAGUGGAGUACACGUUUGAGGAUUAUCCGAGAGGUAUUCGCUACGUUGUUUUUGAGCAUGCCGGGAAGGAUAAACAGGUAUGGGCCGGUCAUUAUGGCGCAAAAAUGGCCAAAGCUACAGUUAUAGUAAAUUACGGCACAGGGAAGCGCAGAGGCGCAUAA